AUGGGACGCCGGUCAUCCAGAGGACGCUCGUUGGACCGGAAAAGCACCCGAAGCUUCCACGCCGAUGACGAUCCGAACUACUCUGGUCUGCUGCGACCCGGCGAUUACAAAAAGCGCCAGAUCUUCAGUGGCAGCAAACUGUUCUUCCUGGCCUACCAAAGCAUCGGCGUCAUCUACGGCGACAUCGGCACUUCGCCCCUCUACGUCUUCUCUUCCACCUUUGGAAACAAGGCCCCAUCUCGCGACAACCUCAUCGGAGUGACCUCCUUGAUCCUCUGGGCCUUGAUCGCCUAUCCCACCGUGAAAUACUGCCUCAUCGUCCUCAACGCCGACAACGAAGGCGAGGGUGGUACCUUCUCCUGCUACUCGCUGCUCAGCCGCUAUGUCAACAUCACCCACCGCGAUCCAAAGGAGGAGCCUCUGGUCAAGCUCGAACGGUACAAGACGGAGGAGCUAUCACGGUCCAAUCGUCACGUCCGGAACGUCGUCGAGGGGAGCACGUUCUUGAAGGUCUUGCUGAGGGUCAUCGGUGUCUUGGCCGUCUCGAUGGUCAUGUCUGAUGGCGUCCUCACUCCUGCGCAGUCUGUUCUUGGCGCGGUCCAGGGUUUGAACGUCGCGGCACCAGAUAUCAGCCACGGUGUUGUUAUUGGUGUCACUUGCGCCAUCUUGGUCCUUCUCUUCGCCAUCCAACCCUUUGGCACUACCAAACUCGGCGCGACCUUCGCCCCGAUAGUCAUCAUCUGGUUGGGACUGCUGGCUGGCUUUGGUAUCAACAACCUGGUCCACCACGACUGGCGCGUGCUCAAAGCAUUCAACCCGGGAGAGGCAUUCAUGUACCUAAUCCGAAACAAGGAGGAGGGCUGGAAAUCCCUGGGCGGUGUUUUGCUGGCCUUUACCGGUGUCGAAGCCCUCUUCGCCGAUCUUGGAGCAUUCAGCAAGAAAGCCAUUCGAAUUUCCUGGUUCUCGUGGUGUCUUCCGUGCUUGCUACUCACCUAUACUGGCCAAGCAGCCUACAUCUCGGUCGUUCCCAGCGCUUACGCCUCCCCCGUGUUCAGCACUUGCCCGAAAGGCGCCGUCAUCCCGACUUUGAUUCUUGCGGUGCUUGCUGCGAUUGUGGCAUCGCAAGCAAUCAUCACCGCAACCUUCCAACUGAUCAGCCAGAUCAUCAAGCUGUCCUACUUCCCUCCGCUCAAGGUCAUCCACACCUCCAAAAUCUACCACCAUCAACUCUACGUGCCAAUGGCAAACUACCUCCUCUGCAUAGGAACCGUGGCCGUCGCAGCAGUCUUCAACAAUACCAACUCGCUCGGAAACGCAUACGGAGUGUGCGUCAUCUUCGUCACCUUCUUCGACACCCUGAUGACAGCCUUGACCGCCCUGAUCGUGUGGCGCGUCAAACCCUACUACGUCUUCCUCCCCUGGCUCGCCUUCGCCUCACUGGACGGCGCCUUCCUCUCCUCCGCCCUGCUCAAAGUGCCCACCGGCGCCUGGUUCACCCUCACCCUCGCCGCCAUCCUCGCGCUCAUCUUCCUCCUCUGGCGCUUCGGGAAGGAAAGCCAAUGGCGCGCGGAAGCGGAAGACCGGCACAACAUCUCCAAAUUCGUCAACCGCGACGACGCCGGCAAUCUGCGCCUCGCGGGCUACAAGGGCGGCGAGAACCUUUCCGUCAUCAAGGGCCUCGGUAUCUACUUUGACAAGUCGGGGCUCAAGACACCGCAGGUGUUUAGCCAGUACAUCAGCAAGUUUGUCUGCAUUCCGGAGGUGAUGGUCUUCUUCCAUAUGCGGCCUCUGGAGUACCCCACUGUCUCCCCCGAUGAGCGGUUUAUCGUUUCGAGGAUCAAGUCGCUCCCGAACUGCUACCGCGUGGUUCUGCGAUACGGAUUUAUGGAUGAAGUGAUCACGCCCGAUUUGGCGUCUUUGAUCUACCGAAACCUCCGCGAAUACGUGCUAAGAGAUAUGGCGCCGCGCGUGGCAGAGAAAGGCAUUCCCGCCCCGGAAAUGGCAAUGCUUGGACCCAAGUAUGGAAAUGCCCAAGCCCUUGCGCCGGGCAUCGAGACAUCACUGAACGACAAGGACGCGUCUCGAGCGAACUCGACGGAAGAGGCACUACAUGACGAGGAGCAGCUGGAUCUGGUGUCGCUCGAGCACGCGUACGAGCACCGGGUCCUCUACAUUCUCGGGAAGGAGGAGCUGGUGGUCAAGCGUGGCACAAGGUGGUGGAAGCAGGUGCUGUUGCGCACCUUUUUGUUGUUCCGAGACUACUCGCGGAACAAGAUGUCGAAUAUCAAGCUGCCGACGGAUCGUCUGGUGGAGCUGGGGUUCAUCAAGGAGAUGGGCGAUACGGGGCGGCAGAAGGAAUGA